GUCUUGUGUUUGCCUGACCCAACCCACCAGUGUUUCUAGAUCUAUAAAAAGCAUAGUUUCUCCUGUCACCGCCUGCUGAAUAUCUCCGGUGGAGGCCCAAUAUGAACAGCCUGCUCUUUGAGUUUUUGGGGUGCCUUGUUUUGGCGCUGUCCUUAGCCAGUAGUCAAAAGGUCAAAUGGUGUGUGAAUUCACAUAAUGAAUUAAAUAAAUGCAAACACCUUACCAGCAAAGCACCAGAGCUUGAAUGUGUUCACCAACCGAGUGUGACUGAUUGCAUGAAGAGCAUUGGGUCUGGUGGAGCAGAUGUUAUGACUGCAGAUGGAGAACAUGUAUACUACGGUGGACUCGAAAACUAUAAACUCAAACCUAUCAUUGCAGAGAAGUAUAAAAAAGAGUGCUGUUAUGCUGUUGCUGUGGUAAAGAAAAACACUGGCUUCACAAUAAAUGAGCUAACUGGGAAGACGUCCUGCCACAGUUGUUACAAAUCAUCUGGAGGCUGGAAUAUCCCUAUUGGCAAACUGGUUUCAAAGUCGAUAAUUAAAUGGGAGGGUCCUGAUGACAAAUCUGUGGAGAAGGCUGUGUCAGAGCACUUCUCAGCUGGUGCCUGUGUUCCUGGAAUAUCAAAAACCCAAUAUCCAAAACUGUGCCAAGCUUGCAAGGGUGACUGCUCCUGUUCAUCCAAAGAAGACUACCAUGGCGAUGAUGGAGCCUUCCGGUGCUUGAAGAAUGAUGAAGGAAAAGUUGCCUUCGUCUGUCACAAUGCAAUCCCAGUGGGUGAGAGACAGAACUAUGAGCUGUUGUGCCAGGACGGCAGCAGAAAAAGUGUUGAUGAUUACAAGAGCUGCCACCUCGGCAAAGAGCCCGCUGUUGCUGUCAUAAUUCGCAAGGAUGAUGAUUCAGAAAACAUUUACAAAAUUCUUCAAAAAAUUCCGGCUUCAGAUCUUUUCUCAUCUGAGGCGUUUGGGGGAAAAGACCUGAUACUCUCCGACUCUGCAUCUGGCUUAGACCUCCUGCCUAAGAGCACAGACUCCUUCCUCUACCUGGGAGAAGAGUAUUACGAGAACAUGCGUGCCCUUAAAGACGGGCCAAAGAAACCUCCAGUCUUACCUCGUGAUAUUAAUUGGUGUACUGUCGGCCACCUUGAGCUGCAGAAGUGUGACAAUUUAAAAAUUGAUCGUAUGAUGUGUCGAAGCGCAUCAUCUGUGGAUGAGUGCAUCAAGAUGGUCAAGCGUGGAGAUGCAGAUGCUUUUGCAGCUGAUGGUGGGCAAGUGUAUAUUGCUGGAAAGUGUGGUCUGGUUCCAGUCAUGGUUGAACAGUAUAAUGAGGCAAAUUGUCUCGGGGCACAAAUCAAUGGUGCUUCAUCCUAUUAUGUUGUGGCCGUGGUGCAUAAGGGUUCAGGUGUGACCUGGAAAAAUCUGAAAGGGAAGAAGUCCUGCCACACUGGCCUGGACCGCAAUGCUGGUUGGAAAGUACCAAAAGCAGUUAUCUGCUUAACAAAACAAAACUGUAACCUCUAUGAUUUCUUCAGCAAGGGCUGUGCUCCUGGUGCUGAUCCUUCUUCAAACAUGUGUGAGCUAUGUAAGGGCAGUGGAAAGGCAGUGGGAGACGAGAGCAAGUGCAAAGCCUCUGCUGGCGAGAUGUAUUAUGGUUAUGAUGGGGCUUUCAGGUGUCUUGCGGAAAAUGCGGGUGAAGUAGCUUUUAUCAAGCACACUAUUGUUCCGGAUUACACAGAUGGUAAAGGACCAGCUUGGGCUAAGGAUCUGUUGUCAGAUGAUUUUGAACUUAUCUGUCCAGAGUCACCAGAUAAAACAGAAAAAAUCUCUGAUUUUGAAAAAUGUAACCUUGCCCUUGUGCCAGCUCAUGCUGUGGUGACGCGGGACGAUGUUCGUGAUGAUGUGGUGUCCCUCCUGAAAGAUGCUGAAGCCAAUGGUUACCCCCUGUUCAAGUCAGAAGGUGGUAGAAACCUUCUUUUCUCAGAUUCCACUAAAUGCCUUCAAGAGAUUAAAAAAUCCACUGAGGAAUUCCUGACUAAAAAGUACAUAAACAUAAUUGAAAAGAACUACGAGACUGACCAGCGUGAACCAGACCUGCUGAAGGCAUGCACUUUAGAUAACUGCAAAGUAGAGCAAUGAGUCCUGACAUGUUUCCCCUGACUAUGAAACUACAUCUCAGAACAACUAGAUUUCCAGUAUGAAAGAAAAUAUCAACAAAAUGUUAUUAUGUUGCUGUAGUGUCAUUACAAACAGGUAUCUAAUUAUGAACUCCAUAUAUUAAAGUUCCACAAGUACUACAA